GAUGCUAGCGGCGCACGCCAAGCGGACAGUCUUACCGUGAAUCGCACAGCAAACGGACGCGCCAUAAUAGUGCAGUGAGACCGUGCACCUACUACCCAUACACAUAUAUACUAGUGAGAUGUGUAGAGGCUGGAGAACAAUUCUAGUAGCCGUAUGCGUUGCUGCGGUUACUCUCGCCGGCAGCACAGCCUACGCAGAAAGCUGUCCAAUUUAUCUCACAAUUUCUGCAAACGGACGAUCGGUGGAGGAUGCUCCGCUCGUGAUUAACUGGGGCCCGGGAUGUGCAAACCCACCGGCGUGGAUCGGGCUGUACACGGAGAAUCCGGCCCUAUCGAAUGCGUCCCCAAUCGCGCAAGUCUUCCCGAACGGACAACACAGUGGAGCGGUGGCCAGUGAGGUAAAGUUCGGCCGUCGGAAGCUGCCGGGCGGCUGGAGCCACGAGCAGGUGUUGCAGCACAUCCCAAAGCGAAAGAGCAAACCGAUCUGUUUCGAUCUGUACCUGACGAGCUACGACGAGGCCGGCCAGCUGCAGUACUUCGAUUGUCUCAAGAUACAGCCAACGUGGAUGUUUAGUGAGCCCGGGUUGGGGAAUGUGUCGCUGCGGGAGUUGUUCCUGCCCGGGACGCACUGUUCCGGCUGCUACCAAACGCGCAACAAUGUUGGCAAUGUGUUCCUGAAGAAGAUUGGCUUCCGUCAGAGCCUGGACGUGUGGAGUCAGCUCGUGUUUGGGGUGCGCUAUCUAGACUUCUCGAUCGGUUACUACCCAUCGCACAACGGAACGCGCAACUUUUGGAUCAUGAACGAACACUUUCGCGUUGCAUCGCUUGGACCAAUCCUGCAGGACAUCCGGAGGUUUGUGAUCCUGUCCGAGGAGACAGUAUUCCUCGAUUUCCGAAGGUUCCCGCUUGGGUUCCACAACAAUCCCGAACAGCACGAGGCACUGCUGGCCCUGCUGGAGCAAGAGCUCGGUGAUCUGGUGUACCGGAGACAGUUCCUGUCGUCGGACGAGACGGACACGCUCGAUGCGGACGGCGAGUCGUACAAUCUCACGCUCGGGGAUAUGCGCCGAGAGGGAAAGUACAUACUUAUCACCUACAAUCACGAGGCCAGCUUAAAUGAAUCGGAAAUUGUAUGGAAACCUUGGAAAAAGCACUCGAGCGCAUUUCUCAAACACACCGAGCUGGGUGAGUUUAUGCAGAAUCUGUUCUCCCAGAAACAUCCGGACGCGCCCAGGAAUAUCGGCUGGAGUCUGCACGGUGUGCAAGGCUUCCAGGGAAGCUAUAACGAGGAAGAAGCCACCUACCUAAUGCCAGCAGAGCGGGCCAGUAUCGUGAACCCGAAGCUGAUGCAGCUGCUGAGCGGUCCGUGGAGUCAUCGGGCGAAUGCCGUGCUGGUGGAUUACUUCACCAACACGAAUCUGGUCGAGUUGGCAGUUAGUACGAACCGGUACAAAACGCUCCGCAACCCGAUGAACGAAGCCGUGGUGCUUGAUAUCCAGUAGCGAGGUGGUUGCAAAUAUUCCAAAGCUUGAGUCUCUGCAGUUUUCCAUACACAACGUUCAUCUUAGUGGAUUUGAUGUUAGUGUAACCAUUUGUCAUUUAUCGUUCAACGUACUGAGUUAAAAAUUAGAGAUAAGAGCUAGCUUUAUAAGGUAAAACAAACGUGUGCUUUAGUCCUCUUGUGGAUUCUUAUAUGAAAUGAAAUAAACGAAGAGAUACUAACUGUCA